CGUAUUUAUGAAUUAUGAUUUCACAUGACAACAACCUCCCUGUUUAUGCUGCAGAAUAAUGAGGACCCUGCUUGUGACUCUGGUUGUUGCCCUGCUGGUGAUGAGUGGUUCUACCCUGAAAUGUAACAGAUGUAUUAAUAAAGGAUGUUACAACACUGUUGAAACAUGCGCAUUUGGCAAUAAUGCCUGUAUUUCUGCUGUCUUCACCAAUUAUCCCUUCAACUAUUUCAGGAGAUGCAGCAGAAUGACCGACUGCCUGCUAUUGUCAAGAACUCCUGGCAUCAAUGCCGUAUGCUGUCAGACAGACCGUUGCAAUUAA